AUGGACGCUUACGAGAAGCGGCCGACCGUCUACGUUCUGGGCGACAGCGACUCCGACCCCACCGGUGUCGAUCGGACGCGCGGUGGCUGCCUGCUGAGGGUCUGGGACUACUUCAGGGAGUUUUGCGGAAGCACCAGCCUGCACGGCCUCAAGUACGUGGGGGAGCCGGGGAAACCGCUCGCUCAGAGAGUGUGCUGGGUGCUGACCUUCCUGCUGAGCCUCUCCGUGUGCUGCGUCUUCAUCUGGCAGGCCAAGCACAAGUGGGACACGACGCCCGUCAUCGUCACCUUCGCAGAGUCCUCCUACCCGGUCAGCAAGCUGCCCUUCCCCGCCGUCACCAUAUGCGGCGAAGCCAAAAUCAACCACGUUCUCUUCUCCUACCAGGAGAUGUAUAAACGGAGGGACAACAUCACCGAAGAACAGAUGAAGCAGAUCCAGUAUGCCGCACUUGUUUGCGACGAGGACGUGGAAGUACUGGCUAACGAUACUACAGAUGACAGUGCUAUUGACUUCCUGCUUGAGGUGGCUCCUGGCCUCUGGGACACUGUGCGCCGCUGCCGGUGGCAGUCCAAGGACAUCUCGUGUGGCAAGCUUUUCGACACGAUCAUCACAGACGAGGGCGUCUGCUACACGUUCAACGGCAUCGAGUACGAGGACUUCUUCACCGAGAAUGCGUACAGGACCGCGAGCGCUCGCAGGUCCCGCAGCCGCGCCGUCAGCCGCUGGUCGGUGGACGACGGAUACGUCACCGGUAACGACGAGGGCAGCGACGAGGCCGGCGACGACGAGGCGGUGUACCCCAGGCGCACCAGCGCCGCGGGCGCCAUGGCCGGGCUCGACUUCAUCCUCACCACCGACGAGCAAGACGUCGACGCCUCCUGCCGCUGGCCCGUCCAGGGCUUCAAGAUGCUGCUGCACAACCCAGUGGCGUUCCCCGACAUGAGCUCGCAGUUCUUCCGCGUGCCCGUGGAUCGUGACCUGGUGGUCACCGUGCGGCCGGCCGUCAUGAUGACCUCGGAGAGCCUGGUGGACUACCCGCCGGAGCGCCGGCGCUGCUACUUCACGAGGGAGCGCAGCCUCUACUUCUUCCGCUACUACAGUGAGGAGAACUGCCGGGCGGAGUGCCUAGUCAACUACACGGUCCGUGAGUGCGGCUGCUCCGCCUACUACAUGCCCAGGGUGAACCCACCGUACUCGAUGUGCCGGAUUUCAGUGUGCGGUGAGAACACUUACACGUCACUGUGUUGGACAGCCAACUGCGGCGGGCUGCUGGGUCUCUUCCUGGGCUUCAGCGUGCUCAGCCUGGUGGAGUGCCUCUACUUCCUGACCGCCAGGGCCUACCUGCACUUCCGAGUGUAUAUCGACCAACUGUUGCAACAGCCUCCAUCCGAAUUGGAUGAUGGGUUUACGAAAGCGAGCUGGUUAAGCCAGCAUGGCCCUCCGACCCUUCUGUGGACGUCGCUCUUGCCCAGCACGCCUCUGGCGUCGUGUGGGCCGCAGAGCAGCACCACACAGAGGUGGGCGUCGCCCCCAUAA